CAUCCAGAUGGAGAACGUUUCUUCAUCCUCCUCAUCUCUUCUCCCGUCCUGCACCUACAGUGAGGAUUUUAAGCGAAUCCUUCUGCCUGUGGUCUACAGCAUUGUCUUCAUCCUCGGCCUGCCGUUAAACAUCGCCGUCAUCCUGCGGCUUUGGGCCAAGCGUCGAGCCCUGACGCGUUCCAACAUCUACACCCUGAACCUGGCAGUGGCUGACUUCCUGUACGUCUGUUCCCUUCCUCUUCUCAUUUAUAACUAUGCCAGUCGGGACUACUGGCCUUUCGGAGAGCUGGCGUGCCGGUGGGUUCGUUUCCAGUUUUACAGCAACCUGCAUGGGAGCAUAUUCUUCCUGACCUGCAUUAGCAUCCAGCGCUACCUGGGUAUCUGCCACCCACUGGCCCCGUGGCCCAGAAGGGCAGGACGGAAGCUGGCCUGGGUCGUCUGUGCCAGUGUUUGGAUCAUUGUUGUUGUUUUGUGUGCACCCACGUUCGAGUUUGCUGCAACUGGGAUUCAAAGGAAUCGAACCGUGUGUUACGAGCUGAGCGUUCCUGAACGUUCACAGCAGUAUUUUCCAUACGGCAUGGCCCUCACAUGUAUCGGCUUCCUCCUCCCAUUUACGGUCAUUGUAGUACUGUACUGCAGGAUGGCACUGGUUUUGUGUCAGCCGGGCGACGCCCAGGGUGAUACAUCCGAGGACAAGAAGUACAAAGCAGUCAGGAUGAUUGCUAUCGUGGUGCUUGUGUUCGCCGUCAGUUUUCUGCCCUUCCACAUCACCAAAACCAUGUACUUACUGAUCAGGACGAUGCCCCAGGCACCAUGCCAGCUCAGGAACCUAUUGUCUGUGGUCUAUAAAAGCACCAGGCCUUUCGCCAGCAUGAACAGUGUGCUGGAUCCCAUCUUGUUUUACUUUACGCAACCCAAAUUCAGACGAGGAACACGUACCCUCCUCCUCAGAAUAACACUCAGCAGCAAACCAGAGAAAGUGACUCCAGAAAAUACCCUAAUCAAAAAAACAUGAAUGAUAGGCACCAUAAAAAUGUGUUCCAUGAAGGUUUUGGAACCCUGUAAGGAACAAAGAAGUACUUUUAAUCUUCUGAGAGAGAACUACUCAGUUCCUGGAAGAUUUUCAGACAAGUGUAUGCAACCCGGACCUGCUCCUCUUACCACACAUGUAAAACAAAUAAGAGAAGCUUCGUCUGUCAUAAAAAGUUAGCGCAGGGUCAAAGGUUUAGAUACAUUUGUAAGAGAUGUGUAUCUCAUGCAAACAAGACGCUGCACAUCCUACACUCAUACUUGAAUAACAUACGCUACCAUGUCAGUACUAUGUUAGUGUCAGGUCAGUGCUGAGAAUGGUCCACCGAAAAAUAGUAUGUGGUCAGUAGUGGUCCUAUGGGGUAGACAAAGUCCUAUGGGGUGGCCCUAUCCUUUUGCAUUAAUGGGGUAGACAAAGUGCACAGAGCAACAGAUGGACUGCAGUGAGUAACUGCAUACUCACAAAGUCUAUCUGUAUGGCAGCUGUAGCUCAUAAUAAAAUAAUCAAUGCAUGUACCAGGUGUUCCCAAGUGCUUGGUGAGUGUAUGUGCCAACUAUAUUGGGCACAUAAAGUUUCAUCCCUUUUUAUUUGAAUAUCUGACAUACUCUGUAUAGUAUGGACUGUUCAUACUGACAUGAGAAAAAAAACAUGGCGUAAGGGGUUUGCAUGGAUUUGCAUUUUCAGCCCAUAAAAGUGCUCGCUUUCAAAAUGAGCCUUAGAGGCCUAGGUCUAGAGAUCAAAAUUGUACAUGCAAAUAAACAAGUAGCCUGCAAGCUAAAGUGCAACUGAGAUCACUUUACAUUUACAUUUACAUUUUAUCCAGAGCGACUUACAGAAGUGCUUCCAUAGUAAACAUUUCAUUUCUCAAGUUUUAGUAAACAACAUUCG